AAAACGUACCAAAACAUUUACUUUAGUACGAAGUUAUGUAAGAAACUGUCGGCAAAUCUCAAUGAGGCUCGUUUCUAAACGCAUUUGAAAACUUUUUGUUUAGUUGUGAGCUUAUUAUGGGUAGCAGACACACUCGCCGCUCGGCAAAUGAAGCAGAACGCACAUCAGAUGAGUCGAGUACCAACCCAGCUAUCGGUGAGGACACCGAAAGUGAUGAGAAUGAAACAGACCUCGUGAGCGUGCUGGCUUUUCUUCUUCGCAGUGGUCAGGCUCGACUUGUUCGAGCUACCACUGAGGGAGGUAGUGGAAUCCGUAUCAUUCAUGGAAUAUCAUCAAGUGAUAGUGACGAAGAUGAGGAUGAUGAUGUUGAUUUUGCAUUCCGUGGCAGUAAAGUUGCAAGUCCUCCAGUUGAUCCGAACCCCAAUACAUUUACUGUUGAUCAAAGUGUGUUUAAACAGGAUACCCUAUUAUCAAGUGGCCAAACAUUAGAUACCUACCUGCAUAAUCAGAACAUUUGCUCAAGACUUCACAUGAGGGAAAGUUCCCUUUGUCAUCGUCCAAACUUCACUCAAGGUGAUAGAGCUGCUGCUUGUGCAAAUUACAUCCCCAACAAGAUGGAAACAAAAGCCCAAUACCAUAACAAAUUAUUUUGUGGCAGCUAUUCUAGAGAUGGCACUGUAUUUCUUUCAGCCUGUCAAGAUCAGCGUCUCCGGUUGUAUGAUACAACACUUGGACAGUUCAAAGUGUUCCGUAACAUAGUGGCAAGAGAUGUGGAAUGGAGCAUAAUUGACACUGACUACAGCCCUGAUCAACAGUACCUCAUUUAUUCAAGCUGGUCUGAUUAUGUUCAUCUUUGCAACAUUUAUGGAGAUUAUGAAACACACACAGCUCUGUGUUUGAAUACAGAGGACUCAAGAUUUUGUGCUUUCUCGAUUAAGUUUUCACAUGACAAUAAGGAAAUCUUGGCAGGAGCCAAUGAUGCCUCUUUAUAUGUUUAUGAUCGUGGAAGUAAUCAACGGACUCUUAGGGUUCAUGGACACGAGGACGAUAUCAAUGCAGUGGCCUUUGCAGAUGCUAGCUCACAUAUUCUGUUCUCUGGUGGUGACGAUGGUCUCUGUAAGGUCUGGGAUCGUCGGCAGUUGGUUGAGAGCUGUCCAUGCCCAGUUGGUGUUUUAGCAGGACAUGCAGAUGGCAUCACUCACAUUGAUCCAAGGGGAGAUGGGCGGCAUCUCAUCACCAACUCCAAAGAUCAGGCUAUCAAACUCUGGGACAUGAGAAAGUUCUCUGAUGAAGAAGGCAUCUGUGCUACAAAACGUGCUGUAGCGGGUCAAAGGUGGGACUAUCGUUGGCAACCUGUUCCCAGAAAAUCUGUAAGACGAUCCAGACUAGAUGGGGAUUCAUCACUUAUGACAUACCGUGGCCACAGUGUAUUGCACACUCUUGUUCGCUGUUACUUCUCGCCUAUGCACACAACAGGGCAGCGGUACAUUUAUUCUGGAUGCUCCACAGGUUCAGUUGUCAUUUAUGAUGGGUUGACUGGAAAAAUAACUUCCAGACUAACAGGACAUAGACAAGCUGUCCGGGAUGUGUCAUGGCAUCCUUAUGAAAAUGAGAUUGUCAGCACUUCGUGGGAUGGGACACUUGGCUUAUGGAGAUACAAGAGAAAGAGUGAUGAUGAUGAUGAAGAUGAGGAACCAACAGCCCAGGAUAACCCUCCAUGCCGUCGCUCCAUCCGUCUCUUACACAGAAAUCUUUUAAGUUUUUAAAAUCAUACAACUGGCUUUUGAGCUUAGAACCUUCAAGGAAGAUUGUGCCAAAUAGAAUCACAAAUUCAGGUGUAAAAAACAAUAAUAAGUAGACGUCUGAACCAACAUGGUGGUCAACCCUCCACUGACUUACUAUUAACAUAUUGGCUCACCCAACAUCAACACAGCAACAAUGCAUCAGCUUGUGUGCCAAAGUGUUACUCAUGACCAAAAAGAACACAUUAAUUUGAUGACCAUUGAUGGCUGUGGUGGCGGACUUAUCAAUGAGAUCAGCUUUGUUACCUUUACAUAAAUAGUAUGUUUAGAGUUCUGCACCCUUUUACUAAAAAGUUUUUUAAUAGGAAAAAAUUAUGUAACUAAAUGAAGGUUUUUUUGGCAAGUAAUAUCCCUACUUUGUACAUACAGAACACCAAAGCUUAUAGUUUGUACGUUUGUAUAUACGGGUAUGUUGUGCAUUGGUUACAUUUGUUUUUCAAAUUUAAAACUUGUUUAACUUAAUCGGACAACAAACAGCACACAAAUUUCAAACCAACAGCAAUUUAAGAUGCAACAUUAACUUUCAUCCAUAUUUAACCAUUUAGAAGGCAACAGCUAGGGAUUAUUUUAUAGGAACUUCUAAAUUUCUACUUAGAUCAAGAAAGUUUGUUGUGUCCCCAAGGGGUACUCUUUAAUAGGGACUGUUUUCAUCAAAAUAGGUGUUGAAUGUAACAGAUAAUUAUAACAAUAGAUAAAACUGAUUAUAUUUUUUCCCCUCUAUUGUAGAAUAUGCCCUAGGUUAAUGUAAGGUAUCUCUGAAUAUGCCUGUUGAUGGGACUUCCAUAUGAAAAGGUUGGGGAUGCUUGUCGUCUCACUUUGGGGUAUCAAUCAAGGAUUCUGGUCUCACUUAGGGCAUUCAUGAUGAAAUGCCGGACUAUUUUUAGCUGUCAAAGUAUCUUUUAGGUUGCACUCGAAAAGAUAACAAUUAAAAAAUGCAAUCAUUUCUGUUUUAGGCACGAUUUUUGUCACUCUUGAGUCCAGUCUACUAAACUGGGCUCCUUUCCAGAAGACCAGCUGGUAAUCAAGCCUAUUGUUUGAAGUGGUAUUUUUUAGAAGUCAAAUAAAGCUUGAACUAAGCCCAGAUUGCUCUCCUUUCGGGGUUUAAUUGAAAUUUUCUGUAGAGCAUUCCCAGCCUUUUCAUGUGGGAGACCCUCCAGGUGAAAAUGCAAGGUGUUGGUCAGGUGUUCAUUGUCCUGCUAAUGACAAUACAUAGAUUUAGGCCAGCCUUAAAGUGUAGCUCCUGGACCGGGUUGUUCAGAGCCUGAUUAAGCUAACCCAGGAUA